GCGGCAUAGGCGUCUGCGCUGACAACAUGGCGGAUCGUCUCACUCAGCUUCAGGACGCUGUCAACUCGCUUGCAGAUCAGUUUUGUAAUGCCAUUGGAGUGUUGCAGCAAUGUGGUCCUCCUGCUUCUUUCAAUAAUAUUCAGACAGCAAUCAACAAAGAUCAACCAGCAAAUCCUACAGAAGAAUAUGCCCAGCUCUUUGCAGCAUUAAUUGCACGAACAGCAAAAGACAUAGACGUUUUGAUAGAUUCAUUACCUAGUGAAGAAUCUACAGCUGCUUUGCAGGCUGCAAGCUUGUGUAAGCUGGAAGAGGAAAACCAUGAGGCUGCUACAUGCCUUGAAGAUGUUGUUUACAGAGGAGAUAUGCUUUUAGAGAAAAUACAGAGUGCACUUGCAGACAUUGCUCAAUCACAGUUGAAGACAAGAAAUGGUACUCACAGCCAGUCUCUUCCAGACUCCUAGCACCAGUGUCCAUACAGCAUGUGGCUGAAAAAUUGAACUGUUUUUAAUACAACUUAAAUUCUGCAUCAACUUUACAUGUGAAUUGUACCAACGUUUGCAAAAAACAAAAACAAAACAUAAAGCACUGUGACAUGACUUCUCUUUAGUAAUUCUGAACAAUCUGCCCUUGUCACUUUUGAUAUAGAAUAAACCUUAUAAAAUGCUGA